AUGUCCGACCACGACGGUAUGAUGGCCGACACCGGAUACGUGGCCCCGGUCCCAGAGCUCGACGACCACCGCCACCAGUCGACGCCGAUGACGGGAGUGGAUCGCCCCCGGAGGGGCACCUUUGAUUCCCUGUACGGCACUCGCCUCGUCGACGCCGAUCAGAUGGCGCCCGCGAUCCGCGUGCGUGACUUUGAGGAGGCCAUCAUCGACGAGGACGGCUUCGAGUCGCCCUCGGUCAUCCGCCACAGCCGUCGUCUGACGGUGGAAUCCGUCAACGAUGGAAGGACCGUCUCGCCGCCGAACUCGGUCAAGGCUUUCGCCCAAGCCCGGCGCCGAGAGCGCGGCCUGUCCUUCUCGGAUCAAAAGUGCGAGCACGAGGACGGCGUCGGUCGAUCCAUGUCCAUCUCCAGCCGUCGCAGCCACCGGAGCAAGGCUCGCACCGUCGACAACGACUCCGGAAGCCUGCUGACGAACAAGGAGGCUGAGGAGGACGUCUGCUUCCCCCUCCAGGAUGGCCAUCGGAACCAUGAGCUUCGCAUCGACUUUGACUACCUCGAAAACUUCAUCAGCGCCGAGCGGGCCGCCCACGUCGACGACCGCGAGGCCGCGAUGCCGAAAACCUUUGACGACCUGCGACCGCAAUGCACCGAUGCGCGGAAGGCCCAGCUCGCCACCAUCGACGGCGAUCUUCUGGACAUGCCGUCGGAAGAGUCCGUCGCCAACGAAAAGUCGCCUGCCGAGGCGACGACCAAGCCUUUGCACGCUCACGCCGUCGACAACAACCGCUUCAGCUUCUUCUCCUCCGCCUGGGAGUCGACAAUCCACGCGGCCGAGAUGGGCGACCUGGUCCUGCCCGGCGAAGAUGUCCGCGGUCUCUUCGAGCUCCCCAAGGACGAGGCCGACGGCGUGUGGUGGCUGAACGUCAACCGUGCCACCAAGGAAGAGGUGCAAGGCAUCUGCAAGGCCUUUGGCGUCCAUCCCCUGACGGUCGAGGACAUCAUCACGCAGGAGGCCCGAGAGAAGAUCGAGCUGUUCCCGGCCUACUACUUCGCCUGCUUCCGGUCCUUCAACGUCGUCGAGGAACCUGACGGGUUGGAGUACGAACCCUUCAACAUCUACGUCCUCGUCUUCCGGCAAGGCACCCUCAGCUUCAGCUUUGCCCCGAACUCGCAUGCCUCGCAGGUCCGCAAGAGGAUCACGGCCCUGAAGGAAUACGUUUCUCUCAGCAGCGAUUGGAUCUGCUACGCUCUGAUCGACAACAUCGUCGAUUGCUUCGCCCCGGUCAUCCGGACCAUCGAGCUCGAAGCCGACGCCAUCGAGGACGAAGUCUUCGUCAUGCGGCACGACGACUCGAGCUCCUUUCUCCGAUCCAUCGGCCGCGUGCGCAAGAACUGCAUGGCGCUGCUGCGCCUUCUGGGCGGCAAGGCCGAUGUUCUGCGCGGAUUCACGAAGCGCUGCAACGAAAACUACCAGGUGACGCCGCACAUGGACAUUGGCAUGUACCUCGGCGAUAUCCAGGACCACGUGGUGACCAUGGCGACGAACCUCGGUCACUUUGAAAAGAUGCUCUCGCGCGCUCACAGCAACUACCUGGCAACUCUUUCCAUCAACAGCAUCUCGCAGGGCACCGACACCAAUCGUGUCCUGAGCAAGAUCACCUUCCUGGCCUCGGUUCUGGUGCCCUUGAACCUUAUCAGCGGUGUCUUCGGCAUGAACGUGACGGUUCCCUUCGGGGCCAGCGGCCGACUGGAGCCAUUCUUUGGCAUCAUCGGCUGCAUGAUUCUCAUGUGCUCCCUCAUCUUGGGCUGGGCACGAUGGAAGCGCUACAUCUGA